UUCCCAACUAAGCCGGGGAUCCCUGAACUGCCUUAGCCACGACAGAUGCACAGGCAGUUGUUAAAUCUCAAGGCCACAGGGAGGUCUUGGAUAUCUUUGGCGUGAUAAGUUUGGCUUUAAAACCUGAUUUAGUAUCAGUCCAGGGAGUAUGAUCCUGGGGAGGAAGGGCCGUGAGGUGGAAAUCUACAAACUCCGCAGGGGUUUGCCCAGCCAAGAUGGCUCUGACAGGCUGGAAUGUCACUCACUCUGAGAACUUCAGGCUGCAAGUUUGAAAACAAAACUUCAGUGGAUGAGACGCCGGGUGACAAGGUGCCGGCCCUGCACAGCCCAGGGUCACUGUUGUUUCUGCUUCUAACUCACCAAAUGCAGACCCAGAGGAUCCCAUUGUGCGUUGUGGGUCUGCUAGGGAAUGAGGCUCCGGGCAGAGAUCAGAGGCCUGUAUUGGCCCGAACCCCAGGCGAGGGGGCGUAAAAAACAGGACUUAAUAUCCUCACAUUCUAGGCUAGAAGUCAGAGAUGAGGAUUUGGGCAAGUUUACUUUCCUUCUGUGGUCUCUGCUUGGCCUGCAGACGGCUGCGUUCUCCCUGUCCCCCCACAGUUGCCCCGCUGUAUUGUCUGUGCCCAGAUCCCCUCUUUUCAUAAGGUCACGACUCACGCUGGAUCGGGGCCCACCCUGGUGACCCCACUUUCACCUCAUCGCCUUUUUGAAGGCCCUGCCUCCAAAUGCCGUGACAUUCGGAGGAGCAAGGCGGUAGGUCUUGGACGGAUGGGCAUCCGCACCAACAAAAUGGAGAGUAAACCUGGGCGUUGGGACGACGUCCGCCUCCCCCUCCAGCCCAGGUGCCGGCCGCCCAUGCGAUGGGCUCGUCCGGCCGUCCGUCGGUCUACUGAUGGGAAACAGCUUUUGUUGCCAUUUUCUUUGCUUACUGUUUGGAGCCUGGGAUCCUCUUGUUGGGAUGAAACCCGGAGCUUGCGCCCUCUGGACCCGUAUUUGCUCCUCUCCUGGUCUUCUCUCCCCAACCCGGUCCCCGCCCCCCGACCUUUUCUCUUCGCCAGUGUAAUGCCUUGGGGGCGGGCGGGGGGGAAGCCCACAGACGGCGAGAAGGAGACGAAAACAGCUGUGGAAUCCGGAAGCCGGGCCUUGGGAUCCGAAUGCUCCCGAGACCGUGGCGGAUAGUGUCCGCUAGAGGGCGGCCUGAGGGCAGGGGGUGGAGGGGGGCGGGGAGAAACGGCGGAGGGGCGGGGACCAUGUCGACCGCUCGCGGUUUUCAAUCCGGUCCGACGGUCUCGUAUAUCAGGGGGGGUCGAACUCCCCUCCCGGCACAGCGCCUGGUGGGUUCACCUCGUGUUCGGAGCAGCCAUGUCCGGGAGAGGCAAGGGCGGGAAAGGGCUGGGCAAAGGCGGCGCGAAGCGGCACCGCAAAGUCCUGAGAGACAACAUCCAGGGCAUCACCAAGCCCGCCAUCCGCCGCCUCGCUCGGCGUGGGGGUGUCAAGCGGAUCUCGGGCCUCAUCUACGAGGAGACGCGGGGGGUGCUGAAGGUGUUCCUGGAGAACGUGAUCCGGGACGCCGUCACCUACACGGAGCACGCCAAGCGCAAGACGGUCACGGCCAUGGACGUGGUGUACGCGCUGAAGCGGCAGGGCCGCACCCUGUAUGGCUUCGGGGGCUAAGCCUCUGCUGCGCCCUCACGUGCACCAAUUCUAAAGGCCCUUUUUAGGGCCACCCACAGAGUCCUUGGGGAGCUGGGCACCUUUAGGACGUGGGCACUAGAGCGCCCUCCAAAUCUCCUCUAGCACAAGCCGUUCUACAAGCUGCCCCUUUUUUUUUUAACAGUGACUCGCUUAGACAAGCAAUGCCGAGUGCUUUGGUUCCUGCUUGCCCAGCCGACCCUUCUCCAUGCC